UGGCGUUGAGCCAACAUGGCUUCCAUUCAGUGUGUAAACAACAACAGCGUCAAGUUGAAGUGAACUGGAUCUCAGUGUCGGCCUGUUACCUCGCCCCUGCUAUCUAAAAUUACAAACUGUUUUAGUUAUGCUGUUUUUAACGAUGCAUUGAACGUGUGCCUGAUUGUAAUCCUUCAGACGGGUCAUCAUCCUCUCCACUGGGUAGCUGAAUAGCCAUGUCCUCACAGCAGCCCAUCAGCUCAGCCUCCAACAGCCCCACCAACGUUUUGGGUUCCCCUUUCUCAGUCAUUAGUCCCUCACUUAGCUCUCCAGGGGUCACACCUUCUCUGGGAUUUGGACCCAUCAGUACCAAUCAGGUCAAUUCCUCAGUGCCCAUUUCAGGGAUGCAUUCAAUCAGCAGCUCAGAUGAUAUCAAACCCCCGUUUGGCUUGAGACCCAUGUCUGCCCACAGCCCUGGAAUAAUGCUAUCUCAGAAACGUCUAUGUGCCAUCUGCGGAGACCGUUCCUCUGGCAAGCACUAUGGUGUGUACAGCUGUGAAGGUUGCAAAGGUUUCUUCAAACGAACUGUGCGUAAAGACCUAAGCUACACCUGCAGGGAUAACAAAGAGUGCCUGGUUGACAAACGCCAGCGCAACCGCUGUCAGUACUGCCGCUACCAGAAGUGCCUGGCCAUGGGCAUGAAGAGGGAAGUUGGUACAGCGGUCCAGGAGGAAAGGCAGAGGAACCGAGAGCGUGAAGGAGAGCUGGAGUGCAGCAUUGCUGUGAAUGAGGAGAUGCCUGUGGAGAAGAUCUUGGAGGCAGAGACUGCUGUGGAGCAGAGGACUGAGCUUCACUCUGAUGGAGGCUCUGCAGCCAACUCUCCCCAUGAUGCAGUCACCAACAUCUGCCAGACUGCAGAUAAACAGCUGUUUGCCUUGGUGGAGUGGGCAAAGAGAAUUCCCCAUUUCUCUGAGCUGCCCCUUGAUGACCAGGUCAUCCUUCUGCGUGCAGGGUGGAAUGAGCUCCUGAUUGCCUCCUUCUCCCACCGCUCCAUUGCUUUGAAGGAUGGAGUUCUUCUGGCCUCCGAGCUUCACAGGGACAAUGCACACAGUGCAGGAGUCGCAGCCAUUUUUGACAGGGAAAGUGUGCAGAGUGCAGAGGUGGGCGCCAUCUUUGACAGGGUUCUCACUGAACUUGUCAGUAAAAUGAGAGAUAUGCAAAUGGACAAGACAGAGCUGGGCUGCCUUCGAGCCAUUGUUCUCUUCAACCCAGAUGCAAAAGGGCUAUCCAACACCAGUGAGGUAGAGCUCCUUAGAGAGAAGGUCUAUGCAUCACUGGAAGCCUACUGCAAACAGAAAUACCCAGAGCAGCAGGGAAGGUUUGCUAAGCUCCUCCUUAGACUGCCUGCACUGCGUUCCAUUGGCUUGAAGUGCUUGGAGCAUCUCUUUUUCUUCAAGCUGAUUGGUGACACACCAAUUGACACUUUCCUUAUGGAAAUGCUUGAAGCUCCGCAUCAGUUGUCGUAGGCAGGAGAAGUGUACUGUGUUUGGGGUUAGAUAGCUGAGGUCUGGGAAUGUGCUGGAGUGGGACUGCACUUUUAGUUCUUUGAAAUUUGUCGAUUCGUCUCACUGCUGUCUGGGUUACACUAUUUUAGUGCAUCACAGAUUCGCUCUUUAGACCAAACCCAAGACUUGCCAUGAUCUGUAAGUUGGUGCUAUAUAUUGAAAUAACUUCAUGAGUGACUAAGAUAAAACGUAUUUUUAAAAAUUGGAACAUUUAGUUCCCUUACUGGAGCUAAAAUUUGGAUAUACAUUUUUAUAUAACUAUGCAUUUUAGACUCCCCAAAUGAUAAGCUUCAAUUCUGUUUCCCCAUGAUCUGUAAAACCUAUUUUUAAAAUUAAGGCAGACUGGAUCAUGGGUAUGCAAUAAGGAUGUGGUCUCCUUUUUAUAAUUUGUAAUUCAAACCAGAUCUUGGAAAAAGUUGAAUGUUUGAUUGUCAAUUCUAGGUAAAGGAAAGUACUGUACCAAACUCUCACUAGGUACUGUGUCCAACCAUAGCCCCUAGUGUAUUUGAAAUCCUGUAACGUGAUACAAAUUCAACAUCUUAACAGCGAACCUGGGAUAAAAAGACAAGUGGGUUGUUGCAACUGGAGGCCAGACUUGUUUGUGUUGAUUGAGGAUUAGCUUUAUGUAUCUGGUAAUAUACAAUUAGUGUUGUUUACUUCUUUGCUGUUUUAUAAAUCUAAUCACUUUGCAGUUAAUGAUUAGACUGCACUGCACACUUGAUAUGUACUAUUUCUAAAACAUACUAUUAUCAAAUGUCUGACCAGGUAAAGGUCAAGUGUUUGUCCUUUGGUGCUAUUUGAGAUUUAAUUUGACUGUCGGUGCAGCCGUACGCCAAAACACAAACUUAAGGAAUGAUGCAUAAAAUGAAAAUCCCCCUAUGGUUAAAAUGUAGCAAUACAAAGUGUAACCUGCAUAAGCGCGCUCUGCCUGUCAGCUGUUCAGGGCUUUUACAAAGCAAAUCAUUGUGUGGUGGAAAGGGAAUACUCCAUUGUGUAAUUUAUCUAAACAAUUCUAAGGUACUGUGCAAAAAUAAUUGUUCAGGGAAAAUGUUGUAUAUUGAUAAAUUUGAAUAAUGAGAUCAGGAGACAAAUUAUGUAAUUCUGUAUGUGCCCUUGUUUUUUAGUUUUUCAGCUAGCAUAAAGCAGAACGUGUCUUGGGUUGCACUGGAUUUGCUGAGCCUUUCAUUCAGCUGAAUCUUUUUCUUUUUUUUUUGAGCUUUUUUUUCUCGCUUUUUUGGUGCUUAGUUGUUUCCUCCCCCCACCCCCACCCCCCUCUUGUUUUUUUUUUAGGGUAGAUGUCUUGUUAAUCUUAAUGUCUGCAGAUUAUUAAAAGCAAACCAUAAUCACAUAUAGAGCCGUAACACCUGUGCACAUAUAGGAAUAUUAAACAAGACCAAAUGACUUCUGUAUGAUGACCAUGUCUAAACAUCAGAUCAAGUGUAUUGAUAUAUAUUGUCAUCGACCUCCAUGUGCUCUAGAACAUAAGUGACUUGAAGCAUGGGUUGUGUGGACUAAAAAUAAAGAGGCUGAAUUUUUCUUGUCUCCUGAUUGUCCAAAUUAUCUGGAAUGUGACACUUAACACAUUGCUUCUUGUAGAUAAAGUGUCAAUUUUCUAGGCAAGAACCAGGCUACGAAAAGAUGUUCACAACUGACAGUCCAGAGAAUUUUUUAUUAUGAGCCUCUUUAUUGUAG